AUGAACUCACCAGACCAACCACAACACGAAGAUUACAUUAAAUUGAAAACUCUCAUUUUUCAACCACCUUUCGAAAAAAUCAAAAGCGUUGGUUUGGAAUGGGAUUUGUUGUCGGCUAGUAAAGAGGUGGAGUCUAUGAGACAGCAGCUGGAGAUUGCACAAGACACUGUUAGAGAUUACCAACUGUAUGCUCGGACGUUGGACCAUAGAUUCGUGUCUAUGGGUGGCGACGAGUUGAAAUGGGGGUGUGACGCAAUCGACCACAAUACUCUGCAAGACGGCGACCAUGCUGUCGAGGACAUGUCGAGGAACGGCGCACCCCUCACCAUCCCCAUCGAGACAUUAAAGAGAAUACACGAAAACAAUAUUAGAGGAACAACAGACAUCCCACCUCCACAAUGCAAGUCAUCGCCACUCGAUGCACUCCCACAAAAGAAACCAACCAUCAAACUCAUGUGUUCAAAGUUUCAAUUCAAUUAUAUGGAUCGUUUUCAAUUUGGUUCAAUCCCUUCUCCUAGAGACAUGAUUGCUAGUAAUAGUAAUAAUAGUAAUAAUACUACACCUGCUACUACCUCAAAGGGUAGUUUUAUUGGUAGUAUAUUUAAAUUCAAUACUUAUGAAUAUAUUAUAUUCGAGGAAGUAUUUUUGGAUGAAAAGAAUGUGGCGCCAAGUUUUGGUAGUGCGUGGGGAGACUUUAACGAUGAUGGGUUGCCCGACCUCUAUGUCAACAAUCAUUAUUGGGCACCGGCACUAUACAUUAAUCAAGGUGAUGGUAGCUUUAAAGACAUGUCAAGAGACGUGUUUCCAAGCGCGCAGCAACUUCGGUUCCUCGACAAACACGGGUCUGCGUGGGCCGACUUUGACAAGGACGGACAACUCGACCUGUUCGAGACGACCGGCGCCAUGUACGGAACGGCAUCCAUCCCAAACAACCUCUACCGCAACGACAAACAGAUUCUGACAGAUGAAGCAGAGGCAAGAGGUGUCGACUAUCCAUUUGGACGUGGUCGUACUAUAUCAUGGCUCGACUAUAAUAUGGAUGGACACUUGGACGCAUUCAUCGCGACGCAAAAGAGAAGUGAUGGUAAAGGACGAUCGAUGCUAUUCCGUCAAAACGGAAACACCAAAACAUUUGCACCAGUCACCAACGCAUUUGACAUUGACUCGAAUACACUAUACGCAAGAAUGAUUGAUAUCGACAAUGAUGGACGAUUAGAGUUAUUCAUUCUAUCCUUUUCAUUUCCAUUCAAAGUGUAUCACGUGCCCGAUGAUGACUCUGAAUCCGAUCCCAAACCAUUUAAAGAUGUCACUACUCGAUUCUUUCACCUCAACCAAACUGCCAUUUCAGAAUACGCUCAAAAAAUAUAUGCUCAACCAAAUAACGAAGAUGAAAAUGAUGAAGAGGGUGAAGAAGAAGAACAAGUUAAACCAAAAAAGUUACAAUCAACAGGAUGGUUACCACCACCACCUGAAACUGGAUUCUAUUCAGUGAUUGCAGAUACUGUAUUUGGUGAUUUGGAUAAUAAUGGAUAUCAAGAUGUUAUACUUUCAAGAAACUAUUAUGGUGAGUGUAUUGUCACUGUGUUUUACAAUCUCGGCAAACAAGAGGGAUCUAAACAACUGACAAACUGGCACAUUGUAGAGAUAUUUAGAGAGAGUGGUAUAUCGUGCGGGUCGCUUGGUAUUGGUGACUUUGACAAUGACCUCGAUCUAGAUAUUAUCCUACUCACCUAUUACACCUACUCGAAUGCUCCCAAUGUAUUUUUCGUCAACCACUAUGAAAACAUUGACAUGGACAAGAAUCCACCCUCCCCAGACAACAACUAUCACCGUGGGGUAUUUGGCAUCAGACGUGAUGGCAUGGGUGCUGCAGGCAGUACAUUUGGACGUGCCGAGAGUAUAUCGAUUGCCGACUAUGACUUGGAUGGUCGUCUCGACAUUUUCAUCACCAAUGGUAAGGGAUCACCCCCUUUUGACAUUGGUCCCAACCAACUAUUCCACAACGUACUCCCGUACAAUCGUAAUUGGAUCCAAAUCAAUGUCAUUGGAAAAUCAGAUAAUCCACAUGGAUUUGGUGGUCGUAUCAUAAUCAAAGCCUGUUCGAAUCGAUUGGAACGUGAUAUUGACAAUGGCGUCCAUUUCUCUGCACAAAACUCUUUCCGUGUCCAUUUUGGUCUCGGAGGUUGUAAAUAUAUACAGGAACUAACUAUUUGGUGGCCUGCUCUAAACAAAAUCCAAACAUUCACAAAUUUGAAAUCAAAUCAAAUCUUUACAAUCAAAGAAAGUUUAUUUAAAUAA